GUCAUGACGCAACUACGUCCUCCUCCUCCUCCUCCUCUACAGCAAAUGCAGGGAACAUAAAAUUACCGCCGGCAGACGGGAGUGGGCAAAGGCGAAUCUGAAUACUAACGUCCCUGUGAUAAUUUACGAUCUUGAGUACUUUCGCUCGUAUUUUCAUAUAUCAGGAACGUCCACAGCAGCGGAAGCGGUUUAGCGGUUUACAGACGGAGGAUGGCUGUGAAUGUCUAUUCGACCUCAGUGACCAGCGACAAUUUGAGUCGUCAUGACAUGCUUGCCUGGAUAAAUGAGUCAUUACAGCUCAACCUUACAAAGAUUGAGCAGCUGUGCUCAGGUGCUGUCUAUUGCCAGUUCAUGGACAUGCUGUUUCCUGGCUGCGUGGCUUUGAAGAAAGUCAAAUUUCAGGCCAAACUAGAACAUGAAUACAUUCACAACUUCAAAAUAUUGCAAGCCAGCUUCAAGAAAAUGGGUGUCGACAAAAUUAUUCCAGUAGACAAGUUAGUAAAAGGCAAGUUCCAGGACAACUUUGAGUUUGUGCAGUGGUUCAAGAAAUUCUUUGAUGCCAACUACGACGGGAAGGAGUACGACCCCGUGGAGGCUCGACAGGGCCAGGACACCAUGCCCCUCCAGAACCCCCCCAUGCCUGCCCUUAACAAGCCAAAGAAGAUCCUCACUGCUGCGCCCCAGCGACCGGCGGCUGUUGCCAAGGCCACCCCUAAGAUGGCACCUGCCUCAGCGCGACGGCCGGGGAUGGGUGGUGGUGACGACGAGAGGGCAGAGCUCAUCCAAGAGGUUAAUAUUCUAAAAUCUACCAUUCAGGACAUGGAGAAGGAGAGGGAUUUUUAUUUUGGCAAGCUGAGGAAUAUUGAGCUCAUCUGCCAGGAGAAGGAGGGAGAGGGUGACCCGACACUGCAGAGGAUUGUGGAUAUUCUUUAUGCCACAGAUGAAGGCUUUGUCAUACCAGAUGCAGAGUCAGAGGACCAAGAGGAGUUCUAACGUUCAAGACGAAACACUACUUCAGUAUCUUCUGUACCUUGCCCCACCCUCACACCUCCCACCAGAUUAUGUUAAGUAUUUCUUUCUCAGUGAACUUUAUAUCCAAUGGGUUUUGUCUGCGGAAAAAAAAAAAAAAAGAACCUCUUCUGGAGACCCUGCCACAGCCACCGUGCGCCCUCCUGGGUGUAUAGGUGCAGUGUGGUUCCUGCCGAGCCUCCGUGGUAGCCGUCAGUCAAAGAUUCGGCUUCCCCCUUUGUGUCCCCUCUCCUUGCGAAGUGGAGAAUGAGAUUAGUGGCACCUGCACACCUUUUUCUUUGUUUUCCCUUAGCGUUUCUUUAAAAUGUCACUUUCACUUUAUGUUGCUGCAGCUUUGUCAUUCAUCCCUAAAUUACUCAGUUGUUGCAGGUUUUAAGAGUAUUGUAAUCGUUGCUGUGGUAAUCUUUUAUCAAGUGAAAGUGGUAUCUGGCUGUGUAUAGGAGUACCGUGGAAACCCGUGUUGUCCCUUCAGAGUAGGCCAUGCUGUGUGUCAGCCUUCAUCACGUGUGUUUGCUUUUCGCUCGUUUUUGUACAUGGCUGCCAGUUCUGUGUCUUAACCAGUCCUUUGAGAUUUCGAAGCGGACCUUGACUAACGCCUGCUGUGUUACCCCAGGCAAAAUGGCAAAAAUUUUUACUCAUGGGAAUGUUCGAACAGUGUAGAACAUGUCAGUUUUGAUUACUGGCAGUGUAUUUUAAAACAGAACUUUGGUUUAAUUGACCCUCUCAGAUUCCCUUAAUCCUUUGGUCAAUUUGGAUUUUUCAACCACCUUAUAAUUCCUAAAAUUCAAAUCUGACCAAUCACAAUCAUGUGCAGAGCAAAUGAUUUGUUUUGUGUACAUUGUUAUGGUAUAGAUUUUGGCUACUUCACUAAUGUUUUGGCUUUUUUUUGGAGACCUCAAAUUAAGCUUCACUGCCAGUUAUAACUUUUAAAAUAAUCAUUGCUAAAGCUGUAAGGCUCCCAGGAGCUUGCUUCUAUUUAAAUUUCAGGUAAAGAAACUGCUUCUGUGUAACUGUACAAUUUGGAUCCUUUGCGUUAAGUUUCAUAUGACCAGUUAUACUGACUUUCUUUUACAAGAGAUUAGAUGUUUUAUACCUGAACAAAAUGCCUUAUUUUUAUUCAGUUUAUUAGUUGAAAGUUUCUACAACAUGCAAAAAUGUGACUUUGGAUUUUUUGUUUUUUUUUUUUUUUUUUUUUUUUUUUUGUUAGUAUUGUAAUUGAGCUCAGUUUUGCUGCUCUAAAAUAAAAUAGACAACUGACAUAAGUGUUAAGACAGUAGUAAUCUCUAUCCCUUGUACAAUGCCUUAGUCUUCCAGUUUUACAAUGCUUAAUAAAAACUCUUUCAAACCCAUUCAAGCUACAGUAGGUGGUAUACUGCUUUCAAGAUCAGUAACAUUCUUAUAAGAAUUUCAGAUUAAAGUGCUUUUUAAUAGGUUACACAAAUAUCAAUAUGCUGGUUUGGUUAAUCAGAAAUGUACAAUUUCAUUAAUCUUUGUUUUAGACAGCUGAAAAUGUACAUUUUCUGUUGUGGUUCAAAGGAUGUCUUGUUUUCAUACUUGUUGGUUUAUUUAUUGAAUUGUGUUACUAACAAAUCCCUUCCUGUGUGAGUAUGCACCGAAAACUAUUAACCUAAAUGCACAGUAGUGGAUCAAGACCUUUUCUCUCUUGUCUCACUACAUGGCGUCUAGUGUUAAUGGUUUUUUUAAGUUAUUCUUGGCAAGGUCUUCAUCUGCACACUGAAUGCUGGAGAGGAAAUAUCUUUCUUAUGGACAAAAAUAUUGUCACCAUAUUCAUCUAGCUACCCAGUAACUUCAUUGCUGACAUUGUUUUUGGACCCUCUCUAACCUGGAUGUGGGGGGAGAGGGAACCUUCUAUGGUUCCCCCAAGACGAAGGAACAUAAACUAAGUUUAUGGUUCAGUGUCUCUCAUUUGUCCUCAGUUUUGUUUGUCAUGCAAAUAUGGUCCCUAACUUCUAUUUCUCGGGGAAGGGAAUGUCCAUUUAUUGUGAAUUUUUUUAUUUUUUUUCUUUUUCUUUUUAAAGGACUAGUGAUGAUGAUUAAACAAAAAAGUUGCCAAAAAAUUCAGCUCUGAAACUAGCUCUCAUUUGGGGCGCAAGGACUUGCGGUGGUGCUAUCUCCAACUUCUGCUGUGGCCUUUUUACAGUCUGUGCUGAGGUUCUUGUACACUGUGGACCAUCUUUUCCCCCAAAAUGUCUCCCGUGCAGGAUAUUCUUUUUUUCACUUUCAAUUUUUGCUGAAGUCUUUCUUACGAACAAUAAAAACCAGUAUUUCCA